CUCCGCCUUCCGCCCAGUCGCCCCCGCGCGAGCCCACCCGCUGCCUCCUCAGCCCCUCCGCCAUGGGUGUACAGAAGCGCCCCCACGACGACGACCCCCUCUCGCGCGUGCUCGCGCCCCCGCCGAACGAGACAGCCGAGGAGCGGGAGACUCGCCUGCGCUUAGAGGCCGAAGCUCGCCAGAUAAGCGACAAGAUCGACGAGCAGCUCAAGGCCGAGCGUGCUGCACUUAAGAAGAACAGGCCGGUCAAGGUGCUGCUGCUGGGCCAGAGCGAGAGCGGAAAAUCGACCACGCUAAAGAACUUCCAGUUGACGUACUGCCGGGACCAAUGGGAAGCAGAGCGCGCAUCAUGGUGCAUGGUCAUCCAGCUCAACCUCGUCCGCGGCAUCAACACCAUCCUCGACAUCCUCUCCGAGGAGAUGGCAGGCGUCGGAGGCAGCGGUGGCGCCCCGCCCCCGGCCGUCGACUCUGAUGUGAGCGACGAUGACGACGGCCCCGGGCCCGGGCCCGCCCGCACUUUCUCGCCCUCCUCAAGCACGUUCUCGGGGAAGCACCGGCUGCUGAAGCUGCGGCUCACCCCGCUGAGGACCGUGCAGCGCGACCUGGAGCUGCGCAUCGGCAUUCAGGCGGGGGCGGACAUCAGCGACCACUUUGUGCCGGCGAGCCCGCCUGGGUCGCCCGUGUUGGGGGCGACGCGCAAGCAGGAGUUCUUCGUGCGCUCGGCGACGAGCUGGAAGCAGCUGCAGGGGUGGGGCGCGGGUGAGGGCGAGGGCGGCGGCGGCGGUGGGGCGGGGCGCAAGUCGAAGGACAUACAGAUGCGGGAGACUGCGGACAUACUGGCGGGCUGCGCGGAGGACAUGAAGGCGAUCUGGGAGGACGCGACGGUGCGCGAGAUGCUGUUGAGGAAAGGGGUGCGCAUGGAGACGACGCCGGGGUUCUUUUUGAACGACAUCGACCGGAUCGCGUCAAGGAGUUACCAGCCCAGCGACGACGACGUUGUCCGGGCGCGCCUGCGCACGUUGGGCGUUCAGGAGCACAAAAUCAAGUUUGCAUCAGGACCCGCGGCAGGAUCCGAGUGGUGCAUAUACGACGUCGGCGGCUCGCGGACGCAGCGCAUCGCGUGGUACCCGUACUUCGACGACUGCGACGCAAUCAUCUUCCUCGCGCCGAUUAGCUGCUUCGACGAGCGGCUGGCGGAGGACCGGCGGGUGAACCGGCUGGAGGACAGCUUCAUGCUGUGGAAGGCGGUGGUGUCGUCGAAGCUGCUGGCGAAGACGUCGAUUGUGCUGUUCCUGAACAAGUGUGACCUGCUCGAGCAGAAGCUGCUGAACGGGGUACGGAUCAAGGAGUACGUGCAUAGCUACGGGGACCGUCCGAACGACCUGGAGCAUGCGACGAAAUACUUUGCGCAGCACUUCCGCGACAUCCUGCGUAAGCACUCGCCUGAACCGCGGCCGUUCAGGGUGCAUAUGACUUCCGUCGUGGAUACCAAGGCGACCGCAGUAACACUCUCAGUCGUCGAAGAAGGCAUCCUUCGGGACCAUCUGACGCGAGCAGACCUCCUCUGAUCUGUGAGGCUGAGCUCUGCUUCGUCAAAUCCCUUCGCCUAUCCAAGACUUCACCUCUUCACUUGUCGCCUCGGGCCGGCCUCCCCCUCCUUCGUCUACGAUGGACGUUUGCCCUUGCUACGUUAUACACCAUCUUCGUCUUGGCCUCUACGAUUCCCAUCUAAUCCCAGCCAUGUUCUGCUCUACAAAUCUGUACUACACGUGCUUUGUCGCUUUCUUCCCUCCUGUCCUUCCUGCCGCCCUAUCCCCUUGUAUCAUUGUUGCCCCUCUUCCACAGUCGCGCACGGCCAUUGUUGACACUCCCCUCUUCCCCAUGCAGUCCAGGACCACAUCUUCAGGCGAAAUCUACGCGAGGCGGACCUGACCGCUUAGGCUGCUCUCGUCUACUGCUUGUAGACUUAUUGAUAUUGCAAUACGUCUGCGACCACCACCACCGUCCACCCGAGAGCCUCGCGGCUCUUGUACAUAUAUUAUGUGCCGCAUUCGCUCAUCUGCCACUGGUGCACUCAGCACCUUCGCUUACCUUUCCACCUGACGUAUGUCCCUCCUGCAUGCUCCGUCUCCUCCCAGUCUAUUCCCCUCCGCCGUCUAGAAUGCCGCCGCCGCUCGCCCCCGGACCCACCCUUCCAUUCAUGCUGCCAUCGUCAUCAUCAUCAUCUUUACCGCCAUCUUCAUCGUCAUCUCCGCUGUUGCUGUUGUUGUAGUUGUAGACUAUCCGACACCGCCGCGACUAGGCACGCUCCCGGGCGGGCCCCCCCAUGCAUCUUUUACACUACGUGUUGUGUAUCGUCUAAUCCGAUGCCUCGCUUCCAAGUUCCCGCUUCAAGGCCCACACCUUGAUAGCCGUCCGCCGCCGUCCCUGCAUUGCGGAUGUCAACGCCGACACGGGUCUGAACCACGGUCACACGCUGGGUGCUCGCACGCACGCACGCAAUGUCCGUCGUCAUGAUACGCUGCUCGAUCAUGUAGGAUGUGCUGAUAUGCAUGGAAGACGACGGUGGCAACAGGGAACGGACGUUGGGAAGCCCGAUGGUGGAAGGUUGAACUUGCAUUAUGGAACAGAAGAACAGCGGGCGUGUACAAUAACGAUGCGUAUGUCCAGGAUCCGAUCUCCCCAACGCGGGAAACUCUGAUGAAACGUGCGUGCGGGCUUCUAUACGAUACAAUACAUGUGCUCGGGAUGCUGGCGUGCCUGGAGGCGUGGGUUCUUUGCGGGGACUGGGAGCUGUGAUAUGAAUUUGAAGGUGCCGGACGACGAGGGCGAUAGAGGGAGGAUGACAAGGACCUGGGAUAUGGAGCCAAGGAUGCACGCCAGUGGAGGGCGGUCGGCGGUCGGGAGGAAGGUCUAGGGCGGGUGCAUCCACUGAUCCGCGAUGGCGCCCGCCAGUACGUGUAGAGCAUACAUGGGACAGAAUCCGGGCCCAUGAGCCUGGGUGAGCUUCUCGAAGCUUCAUACGCACAUGGCUCUUUGCACGGCCGCAUUCUGGAGCGUCCCACUCCCAUCAAUACGCGGCGAGGAGCCUCGGCUGCCGCCUGAAGCGCGCUGUCGGUUGUCCGUGCCCAACCCAAAGCAAAAGCAAACGGCGCGUCAGAAAGAGAGAAAUCGCGAUGACGAUCCCCCCGCCUCGCAGGGCGCUCGGCCCGGAAACGCGGGUCCCGACACGGUAACACCUUGGACGAGAUGACGCACCGUAGAGCAGGCAGAGCGCACCCAGGACCUGGACGGCGCCCGAGUACCCCGCGACGACCUGCCAGUUGUUGCCCGUCGCGCCGAGGAUCGCCCCACCGAUGGGCGCGCCCGCGGCGUAGCCUGUGGCAGACAAGAUCAGCCUUCCGCUUGGAGAGGACGCGACGAGGAGGUGGAGGGCAUGGGCAUGAGUGCGGAGGGGGAGGGAUAGGCACAGACUCGGACGUAGGGCGGGCCUACCAG